GCAGAAAGGUGCCCCAGCCCCCCGGGUGCCCAUCGAGGACUUGAAGAACCCGAAGUUCAUCGGCCAAGGCGGGUUUGGCACAGUGUUCCAGGCACAACACCUGACAUGGGGUUACAAUGUGGCAGUCAAGAUCGUUGACGCGAAGAUGAUAUCCAGGGAAGUGAAGGCCAUGGCAAGUCUGCGUCACCCCAAUGUGCUGACCCUGCUGGGGAUCACUGAGAAGCUGGAGUGGGACCAUGUGUUGGGACCGGGUCUGGUGACUCAAUUCAUGGAGAACGGUUCCCUGGCAGGGUUGCUACAACCCGAAUGCCCUCGGCCCUGGCCACUUACCUGCCGCCUGCUGCAGGAGUUGGUGCUUGGGAUGUGUUACCUGCACAGCCAGAACCCCGUGCUUCUGCACCGGGACCUGAAGCCCUCCAACGUCCUGCUGGACCCAGACCUGCAUGCCAAGGUCAGCCUGUCCGCAUCCCAGCCCAGCCUCUAGAUAGGUUGUGCCCUAGAGCCGCUCCAGUUCCACCAACUGAAAAAGCAUCUGCUGCAGCUCUGUCUACUGAAUACCCUCAGCAUCUCCCUCUGGACACAGGGCUGCCCAAGUGUCAAGGCCUAUCCAGAAGCUUUAGCUACUGCCACACAGAGUGCUA